AUGAAUGCUUUCUUUGAUGGGUAUGUUCACUCAAAGACAUCCUUGAAGCAAUUUGUUGAACAAUAUGAUAAUGCCUUAAAGAGCAAGGAUGAAUUGAAGGGAUUGGUUUAUUGCAAUACAUCUCUUAUUAAGAGAGAAAAGUAUACUUCUACAUUUGAAGUCAGAGAACAAAAAUUUGGAACAGGUGGUGUUUUUUGGAAAGAGGUAACUUAUGAGGUUUUCUACAACGCAAUUGAAUGUGAAGUACGAUGCUUAUGCCAUUUGUUUGAGUUUCGAGGGAUUCUAUGUAGGCAUGCGAUCUCUGUGAUAAUGCAAGAAAAGGUAUACGAGGUUCCAUCUCAUUACAUACUAGAGCGUUGGCGAAAGGACAUCAAGCGUGGAUAUACUUUUGUCAAAAAAAAUUAUGAUGAUUUCAGUAAUAGUGAACAAAGGCAGCGAAAUAAUAUUUUAAGGCCACUGUUAUAUGAAUUGCAAGAGCUUGGAGUAGAGUCAGAUGAGAAAUGUGAGUUUUUAUUGAAGCAAUUAAAGGAGACAAAGAAAAAGCUCCUUAGCUUUGACUCAGGUUGCUUCAAUAGUCAAGAAAGUGUUAUAUGUCAACCUGCAAAUGAGUGUAGUAGUAUGAUUCAUGAACUAUCAGGUUCUCAGAAGAAAGUACUUACUCCUAUAAAAGCAAAAACUAAAGGUCGUCCUCCUUCAAAGAGGAUACAAUCUGUCAUUGAAAAAACGGUUAAAAAGGGAAAAAAGGCCCUUAAAGGAAAACAAAAAGGGCAACUUGAUCAAAAUGAUUUGCAAGUGCAAAAAAGGAGAAAGGCUCUACAAAGCAUUCCAAGUGUUGUAAAUGAUGUUGUUCCACCAACCAUAAGUCCUACCGCUUCAAAAUUUCUUGAUAAGAUGGCAACCCAAGAAAUUCACGCUGUAAUUGAAUUGCUCAUAUCCUAA